AUGGCGGAGGUGUGCGUCGACCUGAGGGAAGCUGACGCCGGUCCCUUGACGUCUGACAUGCAACGUCAGAGAUGCAUGUGUGCAGCAGCCGGAGCCGACGACGACGGCGAUUGCAGGGAAGAACGAAGACGACACCGGCGACGGAGAUGGCAGGGAGGAACGAAGCUUCAACAGAUGGUGAUGGAGGAUUUGGCAGUGUGCAUCGAUGAGAAAGAAAAAGGUGGAGGCGCGCUGAACACCAGUGUUUCAAAGACAGCUGCAUCCUUCUCUCGCUGA